AAUGGAAAAAGCUGAUUGCUACAUCACUUCCCUGACAGAGCCCUGCAGAACCAAAAUCAACAAGACUACAAUCAACACAAACCCACCGCCACUCCCUCCUUCCAUAACUCCACAGAGUGAAACUCCAGGUGAGCCACAAUGAAAAUAAAUGUCUCUGUGGUUGUCAGUUGCAGUGAUUGAAAGCACACUGAUACGGUGCCCAGUAAUGAAAUAUUUCAACCAAAGAAAUAACAACUAGUAUCCAUUUUUCAAAGAUAAAUUAAUAAAACUUAGAAGAACAUAAAUGAUUUAUUCCUCCCAUGAACUGCCAUGCAUUAGAGGAUAUGAAUGACUCGAAAUCAGUGAUGUGCUUUUCUUUUUGAGUUGAUUUGUCUAGAGGACCUUUAGUCAAGGAGCCUUGUUAACUGUGUAGCUCACCAAGGCAUUGCAUUACAUCAACAGUUUUAUUGCUUAAACAUAUGCAAAUGGGAGUAAUCUCAAGGCUAGUGUACAGUAUUUUUAUAUACUGAGAAGCGCUGUGAUGACACCCCACUGAACCCAGCACCCUGAAUGUGAUAUUCCAUUUAAAACAGCUUUUCAGCCGGCACUUCUUUUCAAGUCUCCCUGGGGUAAAACUCAUUAACAGUUAAGCUGCAAAUGUGUAAAAAACUCACACCUCUGUGUGUGAAUCUUCUAAUAUUGAAAUUAACACACCAUACACUGAAUUCAUGAUGAGUAAGAAAAAUAAUCUUGCGCUUGGGGCUGAGAAAGCAAAACAGAUUUUAAAUUUCUCCAGCUCUUAUUUAUAGAGUAAUAUCUAGCUUUGUGUGAACCCUCUUUGCAUUAUAAACACACACUCUGUACACUGUCUGGAUCUGUGUAGUUACCAAUAAUGACUUUCUAAAACGACUGUAGUUUAAAAAUAGAAGAGCUUCUCAGACAGCAUUGGUUUGAUUUUGUUUAUUUAAAUGGUGUGCAAACUCUCUUCACACUGUGCUCGUUAAAAAUGACAUUUUCUGGCUAUUUCCUCCUUUCCUGUUGUAGUACUCAUGCUUAAGAUUAUUGUUGAAAUUUCUGUUUUGAUCAGAGAAUUUCAUCAAGAUUAUGGAGAUGGAUGCAGAAGAAAGGAGAGUUCGGAAAGCUGCAAAUGUGAAAAAGGCUAUCGGUUUGUGAGACUACCAAACCCUCAGAGCGUUCAAGGACAAAGGGAAUGAAGCUUAUGCUCAAGAAGACUAUGAAACUGCUGUAAAGUAUUACAGCGAUGGUUUGGCUGAAAUCAAGGAUAUGCAGCCACUGUACACAAACAGAGCUCAAGCCUAUAUUAAACUGGGAAAGUACAAUGAGGCCAUCAGUGACUGUGAAUGGGCCCUGAAGUGUAAUGAGAGGUGCAUAAAGGCUUAUCUACACAUGGGUAAAGCAUAUCUGGGAUUGAUGAAAUAUAACGAGGCAAGAGGCUGCUUUGAAAAGAUACAAGAAAUUCAACCUGGGAAGGAAAAAAUAGUGAAAGAAUACCUGACCCAGGUUGAUUUGGAAAAGGAGAAAGAGACUCAGGCGAUAAAGGCAAAGGAAGAGUUUGACAAGGGGGAGAGGAAGGCCACAACGGUGGUGGAGCUGUUGGAGAAGCUGUCAAAACCCGGUCAGAUUGCCCUCUACUACUGCGGAGGAUUGGAGAUUCUGUCACAAGCACUUACUGACUGUACAGGGCAGACCCUUUUCAGGCUGAACAAUGGCUUUAGUAUCAUCACCAGCAAUGUCACGGUGAGAAGUUGCCUGUUGGAGAAAACAAAUGAUCCAGAGAGUCGUGAGCUGUGUGUGUCUGUUUUGAAAUUAUGGAGGAGAGUUUGUUGUGGAAAUGAUGAAAACCAGAAGCUGUUGAUGACAUGUCCGGUCACCACACAGUCCAUUGUUCAUUUGGCUUCAUCGGAGCAUGAUGAAGUGGCGAAAGAAUGUCUGGCACUGCUGUCAGUGUACUCAGAGAUACCACGUGGCAGACAUUUGGCCAUUGAGAGCCUUGAUUUGAACAUGUUAGUGAGGAACCUCAUGGUGUGCGUCUCAAAGCCAAAGAAGCAGCAGGAGAACACAGCGGUCAGCAUUCUGCAGAACUUUGCAACAGAAAGCCGGUUUUGUAUUCAGUUGAGAAAUGUUUUGACAGACUCAGUCAUUCUGCCAGUUACAACAAUACUGAAAAAUGUCAACACGUCCAAUCAACAUAUACUUCCGUCACUGAUAUCAGGUCUCGGCUGUCUGGCUAGAGAUGACGUCAUUCGUCACAAGCUUGCUCAUGAUCCUGAUUGUUGGAAGGCCUUUCUGGUUGCUGUUAGGACAUGCAUUGCAUCUGAAUACAGAGAGAUCCUCUACCCUUUACUCGGCUUGAUUAUGAACCUUUCAACCGUCACCUCCCCUGUCGUCCAGGAGCUUUCUGUUUCACUCUGCGACUCCUGUGUGGAUCUCCUGAGGCAUAACGACGAGGGAAUCAUAACUAGAGCCACAGGUGUGCUAAGCACUGUCCUCCCUCAGUCCUCACAAGCCGUUCAGCAUGUUAUCCAAAGGGAAAUGGUCAAAACCAUGUGCAGGCUCCUGAAGGGAACCGGGCAGACUGCCACUAAGUAUGCCAUUAAGACUUUGACAGUGUGCACUGCUGCCAGUCACUUGGCACGGGAGAAGCUGGUGAACUCUGAUAAAAAAUUGUCUAUUUUACGUUGUUUGCUGAGCUCCAGCUGUGACGAGAUGGUCUCAGGAAAUGCAGCCCUGUGCUUGGCUCACUGCCUUGAUUUGGAGGGAGUUGCCAGUGACCUGCUGGGCACUGAUAUUGUGCUGUUGCUGCUGCGGCAGGCUGCAGGGGAUGCUAAGAGGACAGCUGUGCAGCAAAAUGCAGCAAUAGCUCUUGGGAAGUUGUGUCGAUGCGAACCCAGACACAUGAGCAAACUUCGAGAACUACACGGCCUUGAGAUUCUGCAAUCCUGUGUAAAGCUCAUCUCAUGAACCCCUGACCACACAUUUUAUAAUAUCCUUCCUUGACCCCAGUCUUGUUUUCUCCUGUCUUCUGUUUUAGGCGUUGAUGCUUGCUUACCUUAGAAAUUAAGACGUGCCAAUCCUGGAUGUUUAUUAGUCUUCCUAUUUAUUUAGUUUCUUUUAAGAUUAUAUUGAUUUGUUAUUACAGAAAACCAAGUCUGACUAGAGAUUCAUUAAAUAUUUGCUGCUUUUCAUUUGGA